AUGGUCCCUACAACAGCGACUAAUCGGCAUUUCAUUACUCCCUCAGCUGCCGAUCCUCAACAGAUAUACGACGGGCAUAGGGGGCCUCUUGUUUUCGGAACACCUGGCAAUCAAGUAUACUUUCGUAGGCAAAAUGAUGGUGUCUAUAAGGUUCCUGGAGUAGGUGGUCAGUUCCAGCACGCAUCGUCGCAAGCGGAAUACGUCUAUACUGAUAAGCAGGGGAACAGCUAUAGAAACAUAAAGCAAGCUAGAGGUCCAGCCCACCUCCCCCACCUUCCCACCUUCCCAUAUAAACCUGCGGCAUUUCAUGUGACGCAACCUGGUCGCAUUAAGGAUGUGGGUUUCGGACGAGGUCUUGUCCAUAGGAACACAUAUAGUCUCCAGUUUCAUGAGGAGCGAUCUGGUCGACCGGUAGACUUCGGCUAUGGAGAAUUUGUAAAUCAACGGACCAUCCCUGAUGGCCGCGUACAGGAUGUGGGUGCCGGAAGAUUUUCUGUCCGAAGGAACAGGCGGAGACCCAGUCUCGUGAGAAGGUUUGUGUUCGCGUACAGGGGCCAGGCUUUGUGA